UCACAUGACCGCUUCAGUUUCUCUCACUCCUGAAGCAGAUCCUCGCAAACACACACACACACUCCACUACCGAAAAUCCCCCUUUUAUGAGGGAAGAGGAGUGUCGCUGUGUGAGAGCUGCGUUUUGCGCUUUGCUGAGUGGAAUUGGGGUCUGUUUGUGAAGUUUGGGGGCUGUUUUUGUCGUAUUUAAUCCUCUGAGGUAAUCUGGGAUUCUUGAGGCGGGAAUGAGAGAGAUGCGCUCGAGCGCUCACUGGACUUUCACUCGGUGAGGAGCAAACAGGUGAAGACAGCAGGAAAAUACAGUAGAGAUGAGUGGCGAUUCGAGACAGGGGGUGGUGACGACCCCUCCGCCCCCCAGUGUGGGGAAAAGGGAAGGCUACUUCGACCGCAUCAACGAAAAUGACCCUGAAUACCUGCGCGCACGCAACAUGUCACCUGACCUGCGACAAGACUUCAACAUGAUGGAGCAGAAGAAAAGGGUCACACAGAUACUACAGAGUCCAGCGUUUAGGGAUGAGCUAGAGGGACUGAUCCAGGAACAGAUGAACAAGGGGAACAACCCCACAGGACUGCUCGCUCUGCAGCAGAUCGCAGACUUCUUCAUGGCCAGCUCCGUAGCUGGCUUCUCCACCUCCCCCCUCAGUUUGGGCAUGGUGACCCCAAUAAACGACAUGUUCAGCAUGGAGUCCAGUACUAUGGUGAAGGGAGAAAAACAGAUCCGCUGUAAACUGGCCAGCCUCUACAGACUAGUGGACCUGUUCAGUUGGGCCCACUUCACAAGCUGUUACGUUACAGUUCGUGUCAGUAAAGAGCAGGAUCAUAUCCUCAUCAUCCCCAGAGGACUGUCCUUCGCUGAGGCCUCUGCGUCCAAUCUGGUGAAGGUGAAUAUUCUCGGUGACGUGAUCGAUCAGGGCUCCACCAACCUGCAGAUCGACCCGGCUGGCUUCAGCCCUCACGCUGCCAUCUACUCCGUGAGACCCGACGUGCGCUGCGUCAUUCACAUACGCACACCGGCCGCUGCUGCCGUGUCGUCUAUGAAGUGCGGCCUUCUGCCCAUCUCUCAGGAGGCUCUGAUCCUGGGUGACAUUGCCUAUUACAACUACCAAGGCAGUCUGGACGAGCAAGAGGAGCGCAUAGAGCUGCAGAAAGCACUCGGACCAUCAACGAAGGUGUUGGUUUUAAGGAAUCAUGGGGUUGUAGCUCUCGGGGAGACCAUUGAAGAGGCCUUUCACUACAUUUACAACGCUCAGUUUGCCUGCGAAAUACAGGUGAAUGCGUUCUCGUGCGCUGGAGGAGUGGAGAACCUGAUCGUCUUGGAUCUGGAGAAGUACAAAUCUCGGACACAGGGGGUGGCAGAAGCCGGGGUCAACAUGGGCUCUCAGCACAAGUGGAGGCUGGGAGAGCUGGAGUUCGAGUCGCUCAUGAGAAUGCUGGACAACCUGGGUUACAGGACAGGCUACACGUACCGGCACCCCAUCGUGCGGGAGAAGCUGCGGCACAAGAGCGAAGUGGAGAUUCCUGCGACAGUGACGGCGUUCAUGUUCGACGACGACGAUACUCCACGCUUCCCUCUGAAGUUACUGCAGCAGCGACAGCAGAGAGAGAAAACACGCUGGCUCAAUUCACCCAACUGCUACAUGAAGGUGAACGUGUCGGACGGGGUGAGCGAGGAGAAUGGCCGCACCAGGACCACGUGGAUGAAGUCCGAUGACGGUGGAAACCCCAGCGGGACUCCGAUCCGCAUUGAAGAUCCCAACCAGUUUGUUCCUAUGAACACAAACCCCAGUGAUGUUCUGGAGAAGAGAAAUAAAAUUCGCGAACAGAACCGGUUUGACAUGAUGACAGCAGGACCGCAGUCACAGCGGCUGGCAGGGAUUGUGGUGGAAAGACCGCCGGGACAGUCGCCAGUCCAGCCGUACGCGGGCGAUGACGAGGAGCAGACGGGACCGCUUCCUCCAAACCCCUUCAGCGAGCUGAGCGGGAAAGUGCUGGAGGACUACCAGAAACGAGUAGAUGAUGAAGAGCAGCUCACGUCAGACGACGCUUCCACACUCUCUCAGUCAGUGUCUCCGCAAAACACUCCCGCUAAAGAAGAGAACCACACCGGCGUGAUGCUGAACGGUAAAGAUGACCACGGAGACGAGGACGAGCUGAUCAAGCGCGUGAGCCAGCUGACCACCAGCGUGGAAAGCGUGGAGAUCAGCGUGCGCUCGGGAGAGAAGAUCGAAGAGGCUCUGACGCCCGAGAGCUCGCCCUCCAAAUCGCCCAACAAGAAGAAGAAGAAGUUCAGAACCCCGUCCUUCCUGAAGAAGAACAAAAAGAAAGAGAAAGUGGAAGCCUAGAGGAUGGAGAGCAUCCACGCCUGUUGCUUUGUCUGUCUUUGUUUGUCGUUUUACGUUUCCAAGUUUGUUUUUGAAAAAAACACGGCACGUUAUUUUGGGAGUCGGUCAAUAGAUGGAGCAACAUCUGUUUUUAAAAGACGUGCCAUAUGAGUUUUAUACAGGCAGAGAAGCGAGGGGAAACUCCUGGGAAACUGGCUUCUCUCACCUGAUAGACUGAAAAUGUUCUAUACACAGUUUCCUAAUGAUUUUAUCUCGUUGAUGAGCCCAUACUGCAUUAUUUUUUUCAUACUGUAUGUUUAUUAGAUUCUCACACAGACCUUUUAUGAGCCCCUUUUCAAUCCGUCAUCUCUCAUGGUGUCAGUUCUGCUCGCGUCGUUUCUCCAGCUGUAGGUGGAAUUGGUCACACUACACAGGAAACGCUGUAGAAUCACACUGGAAACCGUUCGGGGGUUAUUUUAACAGGGUUUGUUUCAUUUCAUUUCUCUUGCGUUGCCUGCGGUGGUCUGAUCCUGUGUAGUCACUCCAGUCUCCUCUCCGUUCCGUACGAAAACAUUUUAACAGCUUAAAAAAAGCAGAGCAGUCACGUUUUAGUGGACAUCAACUUUUUUUUAAUUUUUUUUUUUAUUAUUGAAUUUAGUUUUUAUCCGUUCAGUUUUGUACUCGUUUCUAUACUUUAACAACGAAAAAAACAAAAACAAAGCAUGUUAGUCUGAAUUUAUAUGGCUGAUAAUGUAGCGGUGCCUGACUUCUCAAUCGUGUAAUAGCUCAAAUUACUAAACACAUGUAACGGAAAUAUAUGAAAACUGGAGUGAUGAUUGAUAUAUAUAUAUAUAUAUAUAUAUAUAUAUAUAUAUAUAUAUAUAUAUAUUUGUAUAAAAUAUAAUAUUUUUGUGCUGCACUUUUUAAUGUGGUAUAUGUAACAAAAAACAUUAUGGAGGAAGAUCUAAAGCGAAAGAGGCGCGAAACGAAAACAUGAGAUGUUUUAGCAUCUUGAAAAAGGGUGGAGAAGGGAAACUUGUUAAUGUGUAAGGAAAAAAUAUAUAUUUGUAAACUGUAUUUUUGAGAAGAAAAAAAAAAAGCAAAGUACUGGCUCUCACGGCGUCAACACUGGGUUCGAAUCUAUUCUAAGGAAUUGAUUCUGGAUCUUUAUAGCGCUACAUCAUCCAUUAUGUCACCUUACGGUCAUCACAUAACCAUCCAAAGCGUCAGUGUUACUAAACUUUGAGAAACGGCGUUGUACAGUGUGUUUUUUUCCGUCUAAAACUGGAUUGAUUUACUCAUCUUCCCUCCGCCACAUCCGGUUCCCGUGAGGUCAGAGGUUGCUCGAUUUGCCCGUUUCGAACGCCCUGUCCCACGAGAUGAUGCUCCGUGGACAGAAUGUACACCAAAAGCUAAUCUCUUAUGGUUAAGAUUAGCGGUUUGACCUCAGUUUGAACUCCGUUAGGCCCGAAUGUGGUCGUCCCGCAGGGGGAGGAAAAGGAGGAAGCCUCUGGAGGAAACCACUGAGAGAGAGAUAUGUAUAUGUAUAUCCCAGUGGGCAAUGUGAAGUACUGGCUUGGGCACGGAGAGAGAGACGGACACUUCUAAGCUGUGUAAAUAGCAUGUGCUUUUGGACGCGAGCCAGGCGUUGGAUUAAAACGCAUUUAAAGCUGCACCGGAUGCAAAUUUGGAGCGAGAACUGGGAUGGGCAGGAAGAUUAACUCGUUUUAUUGCUUUAAAGUUUUCCUUAUUUUGCCUCUUUUUUUGCUUUGGUUUCUAUUGUGCAUUGCGGUUUUUGUUUUCAGGAAGUGUAGGAAGCGUUAACUGGAAUGUGCAUCACAUUCUCUUUUUUGUUUUUGCUCAUUUUUUCCUUUUUACCACUUUUGACCAUUUUGCACCUUGUUUUACUAAUGCCUCUCUGUUAGUCUGUGGUUCAGAAGGCCUGUUUGCUUUGGCAUGCGAGUUUGAGCCGAGCCUCUUUGUGACCUGUGAAAUCGUAUAUAAAUGGUUAUCUAACGGACUUGCUUUUAGAUGUAUUGCUAAUCAGUGUAAAUUCACAAAUAAACUAUUUUAAGAAGCAAACGCUGCACUCAUCUGUGGGGACGGAAACAUGCAUCUCAUUCCAUUUAUGCAUUUGUUUAUAUCAUUCAAUGCUUUUUCUCAGUUCUUCAUAAACAACCAUUUCACAGUUAUGAAAUGCAAAUGUUAACUAAAAGGGCAACAUUAGAUUUCAAAGGUUAGUUUACCUCAAAAAAAAAAAAGUUUACUUGCCCCUCGUGUGAGUGAGAUUUUUUUCUGUGGAACACAAAAGGAGAAAUUUUCAAUAUUCACACUGUUGAAAGAUUAUGCUGGCCUCAAAAUACUGUGCCAAGUAUCAUAAAAGUGAUAGUUAUGCCUUGUGCAUAUAUGUAGGGCUCACAAUAUCAGAUUUUUACUACACUAUUAUCAUGGCCAAAAUAAUUCAUGAUUAUUAGAAAUGUAGACAUUUUUGACCAAAAAUGCUAUAAAUCAAAUUAAAAUGAACUUUUUGUCUUUUCUCUAUUUUUGACUGAUAAACCACACUCAAAAUAUACUUUUUUCCUUUUCCGGAAAAUAAUGUUAUCGCAUUGUACUAAAACGUAAUGACUCUGCUCACACAACAGCUUAACAAAAAAAAAAAAAAAAACAUUUAUUUUUGGACUUCUUAGGUAUUUUUUUCCUCACCUUGUUUCUCUUGCAGUAUUUCCGGUCAAAAAUGAUCGGCCUACAAAAAAAAAUGUCUGCGAUUUCUCUCAUUAUGCUAUGUUAUUAUUUGCACAGGUUUUAUAUUUGUUUUUGGAACUGACUGAUCAUAGGUUUGUUUGAUCUGCGUUUAUGCAUUGAAUAUUGCCAAAAUUAUCCACAAAAAAUCACCCAAACAUGAAAAUUGUCGUUAAUUAUUCACCCUCAUGUCGUUCCAAACCCGUAAGACCUUUGUUCAUCUUCAGAACACAAAUUAAGAUAUUUUUGAUGAAAUCCGAGAGCUUUCUGACCCUCCAUAAACAGCAACGCAACUGACAAGUUCAAGGCCCAGAAAGGCAGUAAGGACAUCAUUAAAAUAGUCCAUGUGAAAUCAGUGGUUCAAUCUUAAUUUUAUGAAGUUAUGAGAAUACUUUUUGUGCGCAAAGAAAACAAAAAUAACGACUUUAUUCGACAAUUUCUUCUCUUUCGUAUCAGUCUUCACCACGUGUUUACGAGAGCACCACGAUGCAUGCGAUAUUUGGUGAUAAUAUAGCAUAACGAAAUUUACAAGCUGGUCAUUUUUGAGUGGGAACACCAAAAAAGCAAAAGACAGUAAUAAAAUGGGAAAACAUUUCAUUAACAGGAUCACUGUUAUCGCCAAUAUCACCGCUAUUUUGCAACAACCUUUAUUUACCAGUCAUCUAAAUUCAUACAAUAGCUUUCAAAUGCCACUUGCAUCUAUGCUUUUUUCAAAAAUGGAGCUUGAAGAUGUCGCACCAGUACUCAUCCUCAGGCCAUCCAAGAUGUAGAUGAGUUUGUUUUUCAUCAUCAGAUUUUGAGAAAUUCAGCAUUACAUCUCUUGCUCACCAAUGGAUUCUCUGCAGUGAAUGGGUGCCGUCAGAAUGAGAGUUCAAACAGCUGCUAAAAACAUCACAGUAAUCCACACCACUCCAGUCCAUCAACUAACUUAUUGUGAAGAGAAAAGCUGCGUGUUUGUCCAUCAAAACCAUUUUUAACAAACUUGCUUCCAUAAUAAUGUUUCCUCCGGCACCCAUUCACUGCAGAGGAUCCAUUGGUGAGCAAGUGAUGUAAUGCUACAUUUCUCCAAAUCUGAUAAAGAAACAAACUCCUCUACAUCUUGGAUGGCCUGAGGAUGAGUAAAUUGUCAGCAAAUAGUCAUUUUUGGGGGAACUAUCUCUUUAAGGAUGUGGUGUCAAAAAUGUGUAAACAAACAAGGCAGCGCUUUUCUCACUUUCAGUUCUGGGAUCUCUGACACAGCAAAACAUGUUCCUAAAAAUCAUGUGUAUGUGGUUCACAACCGCGUUCUCAUGAAAUAAUCAGCACUUGUGUCCCAUUACAUUUAUGUAUGAAGCUCACCAGUAUGCACCAAUAACAACCAAAGACCAGCCCUGCUGCAGGACAGUGAAUUCCCUCUUUACAGCAAAAACAAUGCUUUUACUUCAAGAAUAUGUUGAAUUUUUAACAUGCAUAUAUUAACAAGUAAUGCUCAGUGUUGAGAAAUCCAGUCUAUUCUUCACUUUGACCUCUUAAAAGAUUGAAUAUGCAUCUGAUUCCUUUUGCACAAGCGACAGACUGUUCAUUUGAAAGCAGGCACUUCACUAUUGUGUUUGUGGUGAUGUGCCUUUCUGCAUUUUUCCCAUGAAUGCAACACCUGAAAUAUGCAACACAUUUAACCAGACACUGAUGCAAUUCACACGUUAAACCGUGGGCGAUUGAGUCGGUGGUGCAAAUCCCUAAUGCUCACUGUGGGGCAGCUUUGCUGUUUUAGGACACAAAGUGGUCAGAAUGAGGCUGGUUGUAGAUCAGUUGUUUCACAAGCCUCAUUUGCUUUUAUUUUCCCUGCACAUCUAAUUUGAUUCUUCUCAAUCGGCUCAUUUUACUCUCAUAGAGCCAUAGAAUAAUGCUGCCCUGAGGGCUGAGCUGGGGACAGACCUAUGCAUAAUGAAACUGUUAAGAUUAGCUUCUAUAGUGACCCAAAUAUUAUCAGCCUUGUGAUUUAUUUUGCCCGUGAAAAUGAAUGUUUUGAAGAUGUUCUGGUUGUAUAUGAAGCAUCAAGAUUAAAUGCAAAUGAAUAAAAGAG